AUGACUCUCAAAUCUGAAAAUCACAAAAUAAAGAACGAAUUCAGUGAUCUCUUUCCCGAUGACAUUCCACACCUCGACGAGCUUCCUACAGAUGUCUACCAUCAUUUCGUCCUCAAGGACCCCAAUAUGUUCAUCCAGCGCUGUCAGUACGACUGCCCGAAGAAAUAUCGAGAGGCAUGGAAACAACUUCUUGAUGGACACCUUCGCGCAGGCCAAAUGCGCCCCUCUGAUAGCCUAUAUGCCUCACCCGCCUUUCUUAUUCCCAAAGCUGAUUCUACAGCCCUUCCCCGUUGGGUUAACAACUAUCGUGCACUUAACGCGAACAUCGUCCCAGACAUGCACCCCCUCCCUCUCAUCAGUGAUAUCCUUGCUGACUGCGCCAAGGGUAAGAUCUGGGGUAAGAUCGAUAUGACCAACUCCUUCUUCCAGACCCGCGUUCAUCCCGACGAUGUAAAAUACACCGCUGUGACUACUCCCUUUGGACUGUACAAAUGGCUGGUAAUGCCACAAGGUUGCCGGAAUGUGCCCUCUACCCACCAGCGAUGGAUGUUUGGCGCACUCCACCCAUUGAUCAGUAAGAUCUGCCACGUAUACCUUGAUGACAUCAUCAUUUGGUCGCAGACUCUCGAGGAACACAUUUGUAAUGUGCGCACAGUCCUUGAGACACUCCACGCACACCACAUGUACUGCUCCGAUAAGAAAACCUCACUUUUCCUCAUGGAGCUCUCCUUCCUAGGUCACGUCAUAUCACAGAAUGGCAUACAGCCAGACCCACAGAAUGUUGAGAAAAUCCUGAACUGGUCUGUGCCACGCAGCACGUCCCAGGUUUGGGCUUUCCUCAGGCUCGUCUGCUACAUAGCACCGUUCCUCCCCAAACUUGCUGACUUCAUGCACGUUCUCAACCCUCUCACUACUAAGGAUGCUGAACUCAAUUUUCCAAUGUGGACGGAUAGCCACCAAGCAGCCUUCGACAGUAUUAAGAAGCUUGUCUGUAGCCGCAAAGUUCUCACCUCCAUCGAUCACGAUAACAUGGGUAACAAUAGAAUCUUUGUAUCUUGCGAUGCCAGCAACUUCCGCACAGGUGCGCUUCUUUCGUACGGUGAAACAUUGGAGACCGCUCGCCCAGUAGCCUUCAAGAGCUACACCCUCAAAGGUGCAGAGCUUAACUACCCAGUGCAUGAGAAAGAACUUCUUGUGAUCAUGCGUGCACUUAAAAAGUGGCAUGUCGACUUGCUUGGUGUUCCCUUUACCGUCUACACUGAUCACCGUACUCUGGAGAAUUUCUUCCGCCAAAAGGAACUCUCCAGGAGACAAGCCCACUGGCAAGAAUUCCUCGCGCAGUACAACUUUGACAUCAAAUAUAUCAAAGGUGAGGAAAACAUCACUGCGGACGUCCUCUCGCGCAUAUCUGCCGACACCGUCAUUAUCGACCCUUCUGCAUGUGUCACUGUCUCACUCAUACACAUCAUGACACGAUCGCUCUGUGACAUUCCAGAAUCUAUUAUCGCUUUCGCCUCCACCGCCAGCCAGUUAUUGAUUACCGCAGAUCCUGCAUGGCUCUCGGCGCUGCACACGGGAUAUGUCCAAGACAAGUGGUGUCAAAAAUUACGCUCCACAUCUGGAUCCCUCGGUGUGCGUGAACAGGAUGGCCUCCUGUACAUUGGCAACAGACUUGUCAUUCCCCGAGUACCAGAGCUGUGUGAGGCCAUCUUCCACCUUGCGCAUGACUCACUUGGUCACUUUGGCUUUGACAAAUCGUAUGCCGCAAUUUGCGAUGCCUACUACUGGCCUAACAUGCGCACAGAACUCGAACGCAUGUAUGUUCCGGCGUGCAAAGACUGCCAGCGCAAUAAGUCGCCAACCCAUAAACUGCAUGGCCCACUACAUCCUCUACCAAUACCAGACGGAUGA